AUGGAAAACCCAGCCCUCAACCUGGCCAACCAAGACCUCGAGCGGGCCUUCUGGAAUCUGCGCCGCCUCCAUCUGGAAUUGUUGCGCGAGACCAAGCCGUGCAGCCCGGAGGCGCGCGAGUUCCGGAAGGAGGUGCAGCAGACCAAGGCCCUGUUCGAGAGGGGGGUGCAGCAGACCGACUCGGUGGUGAGGGCGUUGAGCCCCGCGCCGGAGAUGCCUGCCGCCGAUCGGCGGAACAAGUCUGCCGAGAGGCGUCGUGUCCCCGAGCGGAAGAAGCCCGUCGAUGGGAGGCGUCAUUCUUCGUCCCCCGAGCCGGACAGCCCGGCCGGCGUCAUACCCCCGCGCCGCGGGAGCCUUCGAGGCUCUGACAAGCGUCGUGUUCGGUUCAUCCUCUAA